CAGAAACAAUCAGCUCACCGGCCAUGAGUCUCUCGGAAAUUCAAAGCCCACACAAGCCACAUCCAAAAGUAGUGCGCAAGCCCGUGUCUAUCAGCGAUGACUUUUCUAGCAAUGCCAUUACCACCCGUAGCCAAUCAACUAGCAGCUCAUCAAGUAGCCAGGCGGACGAAUUCGGCAUGGCACAGCCCAUGUCGAUGUCUGACUUCAUGAAGCGAGAAGAAGUUUUCAGCUUUCCGGACGUGCACUUUUCCGACAGUUCUGAGGAUGAAUCAAAUAGCAUCACAACUGAAGACCUAAUGGAGCAAACCAUAAAACCAGGAAUGGUAAAAUCUAGCAAAACGGAAAGUCAGAUCGCAUCUCAAGAAGCUCCGCCAUAUAUCAACAUUUCAGCAUCUCACGCUGCGGCAGCCGCCACGGGAGAUACUGUUAGUAAACCAAGCCUAAAGUCCUUGGUGAAGAGCAACUCUACAAGCUCAUUGUUAACAGUGGAUGCGACCAUAAGUAAAGGCAACGUUGAUCUGACUGUCAAAUGUGUUGCGGACGUUAUAUACGAGAUCAUUUGUAACAAUCACGCCUCGCUCAGAUUUUCUACAGACUCCGUACUACUAUAUAGGGAAGCAUCGCAUAGGGGACCAUAUGGCAAUGUUCCAUAUACUAAGUGGCGCCAGAUUCACGAGCAGCUUGCCUACGUUUUCGAAUGCGGAGAGCUCAGAGCUGAAUGUGCCAUCAUUACCUUGAUUUACAUUGAGCGUAUGCUCAAAUCUUCCAAAAUCGAUUUGUAUGAUGGCAACUGGAGACUCACAAUACUUGGUGCUCUCCUUCUUGCCGUCAAAGUUUGGGAUGACUGUGCCGUGUACAACAUAGACUUCAUCAGUCUGUUUCCUGAAAUAGGAGUUCGUUACAUGAAUACUUUGGAGAGAUUUUUCAUUCGAGCGCUGAAUUAUGAUGUCUCCAUUAAAAGUUCAUUGUUUGCCACCGAGUAUUUCAAGCUCCGGGGUCGAGCCAUGACACAAAGAUUCCAGGAGAAGGUUUCAAGCUAUUCAAAGUCAUCAGGUACGAACCAGCAUCGAGGGUCCAAUGAAAUAAAUCGCAACCCGGGGCUCAGCCAGGACGACAAUGGUACGCCCGAUAAAGCAGCUCUCACCCAACAUUUUGAAUCUUGUACCAUGUUGAGCGCCAAGAAAGCCGGCAAGUUGGAAGCUUGCUCCAGUCGCCAUGGUUGGAAGCAAUCUGAAACCUUUCACGAUCUUAGUAAAAUUGUUACCACGGCGGAGUCUUCUCAGCUGCUUAUCACUUCCACAACUACAGGGCCUUUCGGCGGGGUAGGAGGGAACAUUUUCGACAACAUCGAUGAUUUCCGAAAAUGUAAUAGUGACCUUGCAUUUGUUACUUUGGGAAAGGCCAUUAUCAAUUAGAAAAAAAGUUUUUUUUUUUUUUUUUUGCGUUUCACCACUGUUUGUCAUACGCUUUCAAAUUGAACACCAUUUCCGCGCUGUAAAAAAAAAAGUUCUACAAAAAAAAAAAACUAAAUGAAAGAGACACACUCUCGUUUUCUAUAUGGCAAUAUUGGCUAAAAGGGUAUUAUGGAGGAGCUACUUUGACUUCGGCUGGGCGCCAAUCUUUUGACGAUAGAAGGUUGAGAAGUUCACGACUAGAAAGUAGCCCGAUUAAAUCGUUAUAGGUAGGUCACACGGUCUAUC